AUGCGCAUUCAGGUUUUCACAACCGAUUCAUCUGACCAGCACUACAACGACCUCCCGAACUGGAACGGCUUCUUCUUCCAUAAGUCUAGAGUUUACAUCCCUGUUUCUGUCCCCAUUGACGACCACGCCUAUUCAGAAAUGGGAUACAAGUGGCAGUUCCAAGAUGAAUUUGGCAACUGGAUCCAGUAUGGAAAAAUCAGCUCUAGCAAGAACUCGGCUUGUAAAGUGACCACCUCUUCAGAAGCUAUAGAGCGACAGUUUGCUAAAAAUCCAAAUGCGAUAAUUCGAAUCACGAGUCCCACUUUUCAGUACAGACUUGAUUUCAACACGAUGAAACAGACCAACCUGAGAACCCAAGUUAUCAGGGACGUGCGACGAGUUGCGGAGGAUCGCUGGGGCGCCAUGAACUAUGCAUUUGAACCAUGGUUUCGUAAGUACACUAAAGUUGUAGCUCCCCUCAAACUAGACAAAAAGCCUAAGCUCAUCUAUCAAGUCAUCAACACUAAGCGAGAAGAUGUUUUUAAAGCGAGGAUGGCUCAACUUCAGAGAAAAAAUCCACAUGUUAAGUACGAGAUAAAAGAACUCUUCCAUGGCACGAGCUCCAGCAACGCCAUAUCCAUAGCCCACGAAAACAUCGACUUUGCACGGCAUGGACCCAAUUAUAUAUGCGGAAAGGGAGCUUAUUUCACGAACGAUGUAGAAAUGUCCCGUCGCUAUGGCGAUGCAAUUUUCAUUUGCAAGGUUCUCGUUGGACUCUUCAUCAAGGGCAACUCAAAUAUCAGCAAGGCUCCAGAGGACAAUUCCAUGGACACCACGGUAGACGAUAUCAACAACCCAACCAUAUUUGUCAAGUAUGAUUUUCGGGAGUUCUACCCGGUGUACUGCCUGUUAAUGGAAGACUAG